CACUACAUAUACGGGUAACCCUAGGGAUACCAUUAUGGCCUACAGCACUCUAUGCCCUGGCCUAUUCUAUCUCUCCUAGCAGUUCUCACACUGGUAAACAAGCAUAUAAACCGUGAGACUUCAUUGUCUACAACGCUACCACUGUACUACUGCUAUAUUCCGGACAUUACUUGCCACUAGUUGAUAUGU